CCUGCGGCGCCCGUCCGUCCGUCCCCGGAGGCGGCGGCGGAGGAGGGGAGACCCGGCCGCCCGGGAGCGCCUCCGAUCCCGCGCGGGGCGCCGGCUCCAUGGCGACCGGGCUCGGGGAGCCGGUCUACGGACUUUCGGAAGAAGAGGGAGAAUCCCGUAUUCUCAGAGUGAAGGUUGUUUCUGGAAUCGAUCUCGCCAAGAAGGACAUCUUCGGAGCCAGUGAUCCGUAUGUGAAACUUUCAUUGUACGUAGCAGAUGAGAAUAGGGAACUUGCUUUGGUACAAACAAAAACAAUUAAAAAGACGCUGAACCCAAAGUGGAAUGAAGAAUUUUAUUUUAGAGUAAACCCAUCUAAUCACAGACUCUUGUUUGAAGUAUUUGAUGAAAACAGACUGACACGAGACGACUUCCUGGGACAGGUGGACAUACCCCUUAGUCAUCUCCCGACAGAAGACCCAACCAUGGAGCGACCCUACACGUUUAAGGACUUUCUCCUCCGACCAAGAAGUCAUAAAUCUCGGGUUAAGGGAUUUUUGCGAUUGAAAAUGGCCUAUAUGCCCAAAAAUGGAGGCCAAGAUGAAGAGAACAGUGAGCAGCGGGAUGAGAUGGAGCCUGGGUGGGAAGUCGUUGACUCCAAUGACUCGGCAUCUCAGCACCAGGAGGAGCUGCCCCCGCCUCCGCUGCCCCCCGGCUGGGAAGAGAAAGUGGACAACCUGGGCCGCACUUACUACGUCAACCACAACAAUCGGACCACGCAGUGGCACCGACCCAGCCUAAUGGACGUGUCGUCCGAGUCCGACAGCAACAUCCGGCAGAUCAACCAGGAGGCCGCACACCGCCGCUUCCGCUCGCGCAGACACAUCAGCGAGGACCUGGAGCCGGAGCCCGGCGAGGGCGGGGAGGGCCCCGAGCCUUGGGAGACCAUUUCAGAGGAAGUGAACAUGAGUGGAGACUCGCUCAGCCUGGCGCUGCCCCCGCCACCAGCCUCGCCUGUGUCCCGGACCAGCCCCCAGGAGCUGUCCGAGGAGCUGAGCAGAAGGCUGCAGGUCACUCCCGACUCCAACGGCGAGCAGUUUGGGUCUUUGAUUCAGCGAGAGCCAUCCUCCAGGCUGAGGUCAUGCAGUGUCACCGACGCGGUCGCGGAGCAGGCUCAUCUCCCACCGCCCAGUGCCCCAGCUGGGAGAGCACGUUCAUCAACUGUCACGGGUGGUGAGGCGCCAACGCCAUCAGUGGCCUAUGUACACACCACGCCGGGCCUGCCUUCGGGCUGGGAAGAGAGGAAAGAUGCUAAGGGACGCACAUACUAUGUCAAUCAUAACAAUCGAACCACAACUUGGACUCGGCCUAUCGUGCAGCUCGCAGAAGACGGCGCGCCGGGACCCGCCACAAACGGUAACAGCCACCUAAGCGAGCCUCAGCUCCGCCGGCCCCGUAGCCUCAGCUCACCGACAGUAACCUUGUCCGCCCCGCUGGAGGGCGCCAAGGACUCACCCGUACGUCGGGCUGUGAAAGAUACCCUUUCCAAUCCACAGUCCCCACAGCCAUCACCUUACAACUCCCCCAAACCACAACACAAAGUCACACAGAGCUUCCUGCCGCCCGGCUGGGAGAUGAGGAUAGCGCCCAACGGCCGGCCCUUCUUCAUUGACCACAACACAAAGACCACGACGUGGGAAGAUCCACGCCUGAAAUUUCCAGUACACAUGCGGUCAAAGGCAUCCUUAAACCCCAAUGACCUUGGCCCUCUUCCUCCUGGCUGGGAAGAAAGGAUUCACUUGGAUGGCCGGACGUUCUACAUUGACCACAAUAGCAAAAUUACUCAGUGGGAAGACCCAAGACUGCAGAACCCAGCUAUUACUGGUCCGGCUGUUCCUUACUCCAGAGAAUUUAAGCAGAAAUAUGACUACUUUAGGAAGAAAUUAAAGAAACCUGCUGAUAUUCCAAAUAGGUUUGAAAUGAAACUUCACAGAAAUAAUAUAUUUGAAGAGUCCUAUCGGAGAAUCAUGUCUGUGAAAAGACCAGAUGUCCUGAAAGCGAGGCUGUGGAUUGAGUUUGAGUCAGAGAAAGGUCUGGACUACGGGGGCGUGGCCAGAGAGUGGUUCUUCCUACUGUCCAAGGAGAUGUUCAACCCUUACUACGGCCUCUUCGAGUACUCGGCAACGGACAACUACACACUUCAGAUCAAUCCCAAUUCAGGCCUCUGUAAUGAAGAUCAUUUGUCCUAUUUCACUUUUAUUGGUAGAGUUGCUGGACUGGCAGUGUUUCACGGGAAACUUCUAGAUGGUUUCUUCAUUCGACCGUUUUAUAAAAUGAUGCUGGGAAAGCAGAUAACUCUGAACGACAUGGAAUCUGUGGAUAGCGAAUAUUACAACUCUUUGAAAUGGAUCCUAGAAAAUGACCCAACUGAACUGGACCUUAUGUUCUGCAUUGAUGAAGAGAACUUUGGGCAGACAUAUCAAGUGGAUCUGAAGCCCAACGGGUCAGAAAUAAUGGUGACGAAUGAGAACAAGAGAGAGUACAUAGACCUAGUCAUCCAGUGGAGGUUCGUGAACAGGGUCCAGAAGCAGAUGAACGCCUUCCUGGAGGGAUUCACAGAACUGCUCCCUAUUGAUUUGAUUAAAAUCUUUGAUGAAAAUGAACUAGAGUUGCUGAUGUGCGGCCUUGGCGAUGUGGAUGUGAACGACUGGCGACAACAUUCUAUUUACAAGAACGGCUACUGCCCGAACCACCCCGUGAUCCAGUGGUUCUGGAAGGCUGUGCUGCUGAUGGACGCCGAGAAGCGCAUCCGGUUACUGCAGUUUGUCACGGGGACGUCCCGAGUACCUAUGAACGGAUUUGCUGAGCUUUAUGGUUCCAAUGGUCCUCAGCUGUUUACAAUAGAGCAAUGGGGAAGUCCUGAAAAACUGCCCAGAGCUCACACGUGCUUUAAUCGCCUUGACUUACCUCCGUAUGAAACCUUUGAAGAUUUACGGGAGAAGCUUCUCAUGGCUGUGGAAAAUGCCCAAGGAUUCGAGGGGGUAGAUUAAGCGCCCCCUGCCUCGGGGCGGUUGUUCUUCGAGCAAGUCCUGCUUGCACUUUUGCAUUUGCCUGACAGACUCUGCAGAGACGCUGGCAGAGAGCAACGCGGCGAGGGGUCCCGGAGCGGAGCCCCUGCCCCCGACUUGCCCACGGCCCACAGGGAGGCCCCGUCCCAGGCCGCGUUCCUGCAUUUCCCACCAAUUUCCAGCUGGUUGAUGUGUAUACUGGUUACAUUUCAGGAGGACUUAUUCUAUUUAUGUUGUGCCUCUGUAGGCCAAGCCCUUAAUAAAUAUUUUCCAUACUUUAUAAUGACAGCGAAUGGAAUUAAUCACUCUACAGGUAUAGUAUUACAACUCAUGUUUACUUUUUAAAAUGAUUUAGACCGAUUUGCAGAUUUUAUUUCACUACAAUUAAAGAUGUCUCAUGUACUUGGAAAAGUGAGCUUUUUUUUUUUUGUAUUUGAACUUCAUACCAGGUUUAAUGUUGGUGAUGUUUUUAUUUUUAAAGUACUUGGAAAGCCCCACCCCCUACCGGAUUAGCUAUGGAAGACUGACUUCUGUCCAAAAACCUUCUGCAGACAAAUACUCUAACAUCAGGCAUCAUGACAUUUUUUUCCAUGCUCAGAAUGAGAACUGGAUAUUACGUUUUUUUGUUCAAAUUCAGUGUAAUAGCUGCAGACUGAGAGAAUUGUAACAUAGCAUGACAAAAUUUGUGUUGACUUGAAGGAAUCACACCAUUAUUCCUUAGAAGUGAUUACGUGUGCUGGAGCACUUUUGAGGCAGGGUUGGACUAUCACUUCUCGUAAGAGAAGCUACUUAACCCUUCCCAAUGCUGUACAGUCCUCCUAUUGUAUUUUCCUCCUUGCUGUUGUAGUAGAGACACUUGAGUGGAACUUGGCACCGAGUGAUUCAAAACUGUGGAAAGCAGACCUGUAGAGUCUUCUGUUUGUAUGCGUUUGCUAGCGGUAGCUGAAUACGCAACUUUUGUUCUAACUGCACCAAUCCUGAAGGCACUUUAUGUACUACGUGGAGGUCAUAUCUGGUUUUCUUUUUUUUUCUUUAAUCAUAAGCAUUGAAUGUGAUUUCUUCUCUCUGCACACACCCUUCCGGUGCAAUAUCUAUUGAUUGUGAAUCUGGCUGCUGGUGUCUAAACCCUGGCUGUAAAGCUGAGCCUAGAGACCUGUCCUCACCAAGCGUUCUGUGAUUUCUACUCCACUGCAAAGAUUACUAGACACUUAAUCUAACCGGGUUUCGUUCCCAGUGACCUGUUGCAUGCUUCCAUACCAUGCUCUGCCCGAGCUGUGUCCAUCACGUGCUAGAUUAAAAGGGCGGAGAAGACUUGAUUUGACGCCCUGACCUCUGGCUCUCCAGCUGACCCUGCCGGGGGUGGAGGCCUCUGCGGGAUUUAGGUUCUUGGCCACUUGUGAGGCCUUGUUGCAGAACUGUGUUCUGAAAGGACGCCUGAGGCAGGGCCAGGGGGUCUGGCAAACCCUUCUGUCCUCCUUAACCUGUGUUGUCCUAAACCCUCCGGUGGCCGUCCAGAGAAACUGGAUAUAUCACUUGCCAGUCAUAGAUGAGACCCAAAAAACUGUGGUUUCAGGGCCUCCGUUUAGGAUCUUCCGGGUGGCUUGUGGGAAGCCACGAAUGUUUGUGGUUGAGUUGUUUAAAGAGGCUGCAGAGCCCUUGGCAUCUAAAAGAAGGUGGAGUUCUACAGAGUUGAGGGUUGUUCCCUUUCACAGUGAUUUUUAAAAAUCCCAUAGUGAUCAGAAAACCUAGAUGUUGAGUAAUUAGAAAAACAAUAUUGCUCAUUAUUUUUACCUCUUGGUGGGAUUUUGUCCCUUCAGUUGAUAUAACGAGUGUCUCCUCCUCUUGGCCCCUUGGCUUGCUUUUUAUGAUUCAUGUCAAAGCCUGGGAGAGCAGUGUGCUGGGAUGGGCUUCAUAAGUGUGCAAUUAUAGGGAAGAAAUCCAACAAUCCCUGUCGAAGAACUGGAAUUCUUCUGUCAUUUCAUAAAUUCUUAAAUCAGAAUGUUCACUGAAUGCAAAUUAGGCAAAGUACUGAAAAUAUGAAAGAAAACCCAUUCUAAGAUCAUUUCUGUGCCAAGAACAGAUAAGAAUUAUUGAAAUAGACCCCCAUGAGUACUUGGAAGGCGGUAAUUGGGAAUGACACUUCAGUUCAUCUCUUCCUUAUUAUCUGAUUUCAGUGACAGCUCAGAAGUGCUGGGUUUAGAGUUUGUUUGGGGGUUUUGGCUUCCUUGAAUCCAAAUAAGCUUCCCCAGUUCGCAGGCACCCUCAGGGUUUCAGUCUGCGUCUAAAACAGUCACGUACCUUGUUUUCUCUUGAUCGUGACGACCGCUGUCCACCCCUGUCACACUGUACUCUCAGGAGGCAGUAAGGAAGAGCAGAGGGCCUCUGCCCACCCCGCUGAGCACACCUGGGGGUGGAAGACGCUGUCGCCGCCCCUGGAUCUCUCAACAGUGAUGCCUUUUUAGAAAUGACCGGAAUCCAGCUUCUCUAGGCCCCUGGAAAAGAGCCGUUAGGAGCCAUUUAGCCAUGAGGUUUAAGAAGUCAGUUCCAGAAUUUGCAUAUUGCAUGUGGUUGAAAGGUUUUUAAACAUCAGCUAACCCAGUCACCUGUAAAAGCCCUGCGUGUCUCUAGUCCCCCUCUUGUCGGCCUAACGGUGAAUCUGGGGAGGGAUUGGCUCCAGGCAGGGCCUGCUCUUGCACCCGCCGCCUCUGCAACGGGAAACGGCGAGGCGUGGGUCUCAGUGCUCUUUUCCUUUUUCCUGAAACACGUCCCUUUACUUACCAAGGCGCUUUGGUAGCUCCCACCAGAUACUCCCUAAGGCCAGAUGACAAAUGCUUCAAGCAACCUGACAUGGUUUGUUCCUCCCACAUAAGGAUGCAGGCACAGAUUCUGAGAAGAAUGGUUUGCAAAGUAUUUGAACUGCUUUCUGCAUCUCACACUGUUCGACAGACAGCAUGGACAGCUGCCGUGUGACCUCGCCAGGUCCAAACUGGCUCCCCUGAAAACCGAGCUAGCGUGCGGCAAACUACUCCUUGUCCUCACAGUUACUGUUCUCACGUGACUCAGCUGUUUUUCUAAGUCUUGGAUCUCGCCUCUGAAAUGUCAGGAUCCGUAGAGAGCGCGCCUGGGUUAACCAGUCCUCACGCCCCGCCCAGCCGUGCGCUAGGCCCCUCUUGCCUCCUCACGCUGGCCCCCCAGCCCUGGCGGACCCCGGUGUCGACUCCUGCCCUGCCAGCAGGGGGCGAAGCCACGCAGGGACCCGCCUGCCCCGCCCCAGGAGGUCCCGCUCUACCUCUUAGACUUUGGGGUGCAUCCUGGUAAGUCAAAACUGCCGAUUUUAGGUCCAAGAUGUGUUUUUUAAAAUAAUGCUUAAUAAACUCCACUUUGUACUUUAGAUUUUACAACUGGGAAGAAAAAUGUGACAUACUUUGGACCACUUUUUUUUUUUUUUUUUUAAUUUAUCGAAGCCUUAACGAACCGUGUAUCUACAUUUGCAUUCACACACCCCCGCCCCCCGUCCCCAGAGCGUUUUCAGUGUCUUGGAGACAAAGCUGUAGCGUUAGGAUGUGAGCUUGUACGUUUCAUAGGAAAGGAGAGCUUUCUGUUGGUACAGAAUCGUCCGAGAAAACCUCUCGUUUAGACCUCUCCCCCCCUUCGUUAAAGGUGUUAUGUGCAGAGCAAUGCAUGUUUAGGAAGCAUGUCUCUUCAUUGGUUGGUUUUGUGUUUGUAUGUGUAACAGUAGACCCUCACGGCGCUGGUGACAGACCUCUGUGUACAACCUUCUCAACCUGUAUCAGUGCAUCGUAAGCCUCAUGACCAUGACCUGUGUCCACAGACAGCUGUGUUCCUAAAGAAGCCACUUUGCCCCUCUCCCUCAGACUAAUUUCACCUGGAUUGUCACGGUUUCCUUCAUGUUAACUUUGCAUAACUGUUCGUCCUUCACUACUAUGUAUGUAAUAUAUAUACGAACAUCUGCUGUCCAAAUAUAUCUGUAUAUAUUUGUAUAGCAUUUGCGCCUACCUUGAGGAAUCUGGUUUCAAAUGGGAGUGAGAGGUUAGUCCCUGCUACAGUUUCCUCCAAGCUGUGUCCUGAGAAUUCUGACCCUCAGAGAACCCAAGGGAGAUGAUGAUAGAAUAUGCUGUUAUCUCUUAAUUCAGCAUCUAUUAUCACACAAAACAUGAAAAAAACAGUGACUUUUAAGGUGAAAAGUUUCAAGCAUUCCAAAUGAAUUCUCAAUGUUUCGUAACUUUUUAUUAUAACCUCACCUCUAAUACAAAGCCAAGUACUAUUUGAUACAGUGAUUAAAAACCAAACAACUUGGAAAUUUUUUAAAAGACAUCUUCUGGCUAACUGCUCAUUUUCACAAUCAGAAUAGGUUUAAAAUACAGUUGAAUUUGAUACAGGUAAAAAACGUUUUGUUGAAGAACAAAUUCCUUUUGCUUUUCGUUUUUCUUGAGAGACCUAAAGAGAAAUUGUGGAUUGUUUUCCUGACUUAACAAAAGAGUAAUGUGACAAAAUGAAGUCAUUGUAAAGACGUGAUGCGACUUGUCAAAUAUUUAAUAAAGGAUUGUGGAAGCUGGAA